CGCAGUAUGUUUGUUUGCCCCGAGAAUAAAGUAGUUUCCGAAGGAUCCAGAGAAAUGCCUUGAAAUAAACCGAAGGAAGGAUUGUAUGUGCUGUUGUUUAUUUCCCGUUAAUUGCCGUUUAUUCCUUUUAAGGAGCAGUUUCUUCAGCAGAACAGCAAGUAAAGUGAAGUGAAAAUGAGCAGAAAGGACACAGCUAACGGGUAUCAUGGGUUGAUAAAGCAAGGAUCCACAUGUUACUUGAACAGUGUGCUGCAGGUGCUGUUCAGGACCAAAGACUUCAGAGAGGCUGUGACAAGGUACUCUGGAGAAAAUCCCCACUCUGAAUUCCUUGAUCAUGAUUUGAAAGCCUUAUUUGAUGACUUACAGAAGUAUACAGCAUACACAUUUAAAAUAACAAACAAGCUGGGCAUCGACAACGUGUAUGAACAGCGUGAUGCUGCAGAGUACUUUGAGAGGAUUUUAAGAAUGACCAGUCCUGAUGCAUCAAAGAUCUUCCACGGUCAGUUAAUAAACAAGACCACCUGCUCUAAAGGUCAUAUACAGACUGACAGAGAUGCACCAUUUUGGUAUCUUCCUCUUUCACUGGUGGAUUGUUGCAGUAAAGACUACAGUGUGGUGAAGGGCAUUGAAGAGUUUUUUAAAACUUCAGAUUUCUGUGGAGAAAAUCAGAUGUACUGUGAGCAGUGUGAUGACAAAGUUGAUGGUAGUAUGAGAGAUGUAAUAAAGCAUCAUCCAGAUGUUUUGUGUCUGCUGCUGAAGAGGUUUGAGUUCAACUAUAAUUACAUGUCAUACUUCAAAAUCACCUGUUCUGUGGAGGUUCCCUACACCCUGCAGAUACCAGAGAGUCAGAAAUAUGAACUAUAUGCGUUUCUGGAUCAUUUUGGGGAUCUGAGAGGUGGACAUUACUCCGCCACAAUCAAGAUCCAGGAGGACCACAGAGACAGAUGGUAUCAGUUUGAUGAUGCCAGAGUCACAGAGCUUGAUUUUCAGCCAUUCCAGCUGGAUGACACUGAGAGGUCCCAGACUACAUAUCUUCUGUUUUAUAGCAAAAAGAAAGACACUGCUAUUCCAGAGUCCACAGAUGUGUCCACCAGUGGACCACCCACCAUCAGUAAUGAAUAUGAUCAGAGUCAAGAUGGGAAAAAUAAGAGAAAGAGAGAAGAUGGGAGGGAGACAGACACCGCAGAUAAUCCAAAGACUGCUCGCUUACAAGAAGCAGGGGGAUCACCUGACACCCCCUGUAACGUAGAUCCUCUGGACAAAGAACCAAAUGAGGACAAAGGAACCACUGGAAGUGAUGACCUGGAUCAAAAACAUACAGAAGUGGAUGAUGCUGAAAAGAACAGCAUAGAUAUUAAUAUUGAUUUUAAACUUGAUAGCAGUGAUCGAUCAGCAGUCUGUGAUGAUCUAAGCAGACAGUAUGAGAUGAGUAAAUUAAUGGAUGAUAAAGCAGAUAACGAUGAAAAGGCUAAAGAUAAACAGUCAGAGAAAAAAAGCCAUGCAGAGCAUCCAGCUGACACUGUUGGAGAGAACAUAUGUGAACAUCAGGAGAAUAAACAAACCUGUAGUUCUUCUCAUGCUGAGGAGAAAACAAAAACAGAUUUUCAACAUGACACAAAAGGAAAGAUUAGUGCUGAUAAACCAACAGCAGAGAUGUGCUGUGACACAUUUCAGGAUAAAGAAAAAGUUGAUGAAGGAAAAGAAAAUAUACUACAAGAUGAUCAGAGUCAUAAACAUGGAAACAGACACAGUGAUACACUGAACAUGCAGGAGAUCAGUGUUACACAUUCAAGUGAUAAUGAUGUUUGUGUAGAGAGAGAAAUCAGAGAUGUGAAGGAAGACAGGAGAGAAAGAAAAGGCGAUGAGAAAGGUGACCACAGUAAGUUUGAACAAAACACAGUAGGGGAGGUAAGUGGUGCUGCUACAACACAGAAAGAUGUCGAUGUGGAGGAAAAGAAAGAACAUGAAGGAAAUACUAAACAAAUUCAGAUCAGAGAGAAACCCCAUCUGAGACCAGCAGGAGCAGAAAUAAUAGAAGCACCCAAAGAAAACCAGGAUGAUGCUACUAAUGAAAAAACUAAAGCAGAGAGUUUUCAACUAAAAGCCAGACCAAAAAUUCAGGGAGUCACAGAAGGAGGACGUGGUUCACAGAAGUCAGGAACAGUUAUAACAAAUAUUAACAAACAAAUAACUCGUGAAGAAAAUAGGCAGAAUUCUCACGGUGAAUGUUUUGGGACAAAGAUGAAGAACACGGGAAUAGAAAGUGUAGGGAAACCCUCACAGGACAGCUCUGAGAGAUGUGCCAAAUAUAACGAAGGACACACUGAAAAUAAAUCUCAGACAAAAAGUGCAGCCAAGCCCAGAGAAGAAGAAAAACAACAUGGCACAAACCAUCCAAAAUACACCAAAGUUCCACAAGUGGAUCUAAAAAUAGAAGCUGCUAAAUCAAGUGCAGACAAUGAGACAGUUGGGUGGUGUUCAUGGUUUGUCACUUUGGCACAGUGUUGUUUUUGUUGCUCCUCUCCUGCAGAGAGAGACACACCUGAUAAUGAUGUUUGUGUAGAGAGAGAAAUCAGAGAUGUGAAGGACAGGAGAGAAAGAAAAGGAGACGAGAAAGGUGACCACAGUAAGUUUGAACAAAACACAGUAGGGGAGGUAAGUGGUGCUGCUACAACACAGAAAGAUGUCGAUGUGGAGGAAAAGAAAGAACAUGAAGGAAAUACUAAACAAAUUCAGAUCAGAGAGAAACCCCAUCUGAGACCAGCAGGAGCAGAAAUAAUAGAAGCACCCAAAGAAAACCAGGAUGAUGCUACUAAUGAAAAAACUAAAGCAGAGAGUUUUCAACUAAAAGCCAAUGAGACAGUUGGGUGGUGUUCACGGUUUUUCACUGUGGCACAGUGUUGUUUUUGUUGCUCCUCUCCUGCAGAGAGAGACACACCUGAGCAAAUUAGGUGCCUUACAUAUAAAGGAUGUGCCGGGACCUGAGGUGGGGUUUUAAUUAUUAUUAUCAUAUAUGAACUGAAGUGGUUUGGCUCCUUGGGUUAUGUUGUCUUUGGUACUGGCAACAUGCAGGAGGUCUUCCACAGAAUGGGGACCCUCUCCAGACCGAGACUGAUGUUAAAGAUGUAUCUGAUAACCUCACAGAGUUGAUCUGUACAGUUCCUCGAUAGUCUGUAGCUGAUUCCAGCUGGACCAUUCUGGAAGAUUCCAACCACUUUUUUUCUUUUAUUAUUUAUUAUUAUUAUUAUUGCAUGACUUUUGCUGGUUUUUAUUGUUCUUUUUUGUUCUUAGUCAUCAUUCAUGUUUGAGCUUUGUUCUAUAAAAUCUAGUUGAUUUCAUAGAUAUCACAUAACCUGGUCAGGAGCAGGUUGUGUUCAGAGUUUCAGUUUCAAAUUGACUUGAAACACCACGUUUUCACUGAUUGUGAA